AUGCCGGGGCCUGAUGUCCUGUUCCUGCACGGCCAGGCAUUCACCUCCAAGACGUGGGAGGCCUUGGGCACGCUGGCGCUGCUCGCCGGAGAAGGCUAUCGCGUGGUCGCAAUAGAUCUGCCCGGCUAUGGGGAUUCGCCCCCGGCGGAGAUGGUGGCCACGGCGCAGGGCCGGGUGGCCUUCCUGGACCAUGUCCUCCAGGAGCUGGGCAUCCGAAGGCCUGUCCUCAUCAGCCCGUCCAUGAGCGGCCGCUUUGCCCUACCCUUCCUCCUGGCGCGAGGGGACCGGCUGGCCGGCUUCGUGCCCAUUGCGCCUGUGGGCACCAAGGACUACGCUGCUGAGCAGUACCAGCAGGUCCAGACGCCAACCCUGAUCCUGUACGGUGACCGUGACACGAGCCUGGGUCACCAGGCCCUGCAGAGCCUCCGGCACCUUCCCAGGCACGAGGUGGCCAUGGUGCCCGGCGCUGGCCAUGCCUGCUACCUGGACAAGCCGGAGGACGUCCACCGG